GCAAUUCUAACAGAUAACCAUAUUUGAUGCGGAGUCUGAAGAUGAGCAGGACAUUGAUUUGGCAAUUCUGACUGCACUCUUGAAAGGUACAAAUAUGUCUACUUCAGAUCAGCUAGGUUUGGCAUUGGCCUGGAACCAGCUAGAUAUUGCCAAGAAACAUGUACUCAUUUAUGGACAACACUGGAAGGUUGGUGCCUUGGAACAGGCAAUGCUGGAUGCUUUAGUGAUGGACCGUGUGGAUUUUGUGAAGCUGUUAAUAGAGCAUGGAGUGAACAUGCACCAUUUUCUUACCAUAUCUCGUUUAGAAGAACUCUACAAUACGAAACAAGGACCAUCAAAUCUACUGUUAUAUCACCUAGUUCGAGAUGUGAAACAGAAUACCCUUCCUUUGGAUUACAAGAUAUCACUGAUUGAUAUUGGACUGGUAAUAGAGUACCUCCUUGGUGAAGCUUAUCGGAGCAGCUACACAAGGAAGCAUUUCCGAAUUCACUACAAUGAUCUCUACAGAAAACAUAAGAGAAUACUCUCCAGCUUUUCUCAGAGCCUGUCUCAUUCCUUUCAUCAGAGUAAUAGGAUGAAUAGUGGAAUGGGAUCUACUGAAAGUACUUUGCAUUCUCAGUUCUUCAGAACAGCACAGCCUUACAAAUACAAGGAAAGAUCCAGUGCUUUCCAUAAAUAUAAGAAGAAAUUAAAAGAGGAUAUAAACUAUGCAGAGAAUUAUGAGUCAACUGGCUUUAUCUACCCCUAUAAUGACCUCCUGGUUUGGGCAGUAUUAAUGAAAAGACAGAAGAUGGCAAUGUUCUUCUGGAAGCAUGGAGAGGAAGCCAUGGUCAAGGCUGUUGUAGCUUGUAAACUCUACAGGGCAAUGGCACGUGAAGCUAAACAGAGCAACAUGGUGGAUGAUACUUCAGAAGAACUGAAGAAGUAUUCAAAGGAAUUUGGGCAGCUUGCCUUAGAUGUGCUGGACAAAGCAUUCAAACAAAAUGAGCAGAUGGCCAUGAAAUUGCUGACCUAUGAACUGAAAAACUGGAGCAACUCAACUUGUUUAAAACUAGCGGUUUCUGUAGGCCUGCGGCCUUUCAUAUCCCAUACAUGCACACAGAGGCUGCUGACUGAUAUGUGGAUGGGACGCUUGAAGAUGCGGAAGAACUCCUGGUUUAAGGUCAUUAUGAGUAUUCUCCUCCCUCCUGCCAUCUUGAUGCUAGAGUUUAAAAGCAAGGCAGAAAUGUCUCAUGUUCCUCAAUCUCAAGACUUCCACCAGUUCACGUGGUAUCAUGGGGAUCAGAGCCCAAUCAGCUCUAAAGAUACUUUGUCUCUGAAGGAUUACGAUGUGGAAAAACUUGCUCAGAAGACUGGUGAAAGCCAAGUAGAUGGUGGACAAGGAGACCUACCUGGCACUAGAAAAAUCUAUGAGUUCUACAACGCACCAAUUGUCAAGUUCUGGUUUCACACGAUGUCAUACAUGGCAUUCCUCAUGCUCUUUACUUAUACUGUGUUGGUGAAGAUGGGACCAAGACCAAGUGUGCAAGAAUGGCUUGUUAUCAUUUAUAUUUUCACCACUGCUAUUGAAAAAGUCAGAGAGGUAUUUAUCUCAGAACCUGGAAAAUUCUGCCAAAAAGUGAAGGUGUGGAUUUAUGAAUACUGGAAUUUUACUGAUUCUAUAGCUAUCAUCCUGUUUAUGAUUGGUUUUGGUUUGCGCUGGUCCAACCCCCCUGUUCAAACUGCAGGGAGGCUACUUUACUGCUUGGAUAUUAUAUUUUGGUAUACUCGGCUCCUUGAUCUUUUUGCUGUGAACCAGCAUGCUGGCCCAUACCUGACAAUGAUUGGGAAAAUGACAGCAAACAUGUUCUAUAUUGUGAUUAUGAUGGCCAUAGUUCUGUUGAGUUUUGGAGUGUCACGAAAGGCAAUUCUUUCACCAGAGGAGCCUCCUUCUUGGACUCUGGCACGAGAUAUUGUAUUUCAGCCCUACUGGAUGAUGUUUGGUGAGGUCUAUGCUGGAGAAAUAGAUGUUUGUGAAAAUAAUGAAGACUGUCCUCCUGGCUCCUUCCUCACACCGUUCCUCCAAGCUGUCUACCUCUUUGUGCAAUACAUCAUCAUGGUCAACUUGCUUAUUGCUUUCUUUAAUAAUGUUUAUUUUGAUUUGAAAUCCAUAUCGAACAAGCUCUGGAAGUACAACCGGUACCGCUACAUUAUGACCUACCAUGAGAAACCAUGGCUGCCUCCACCAUUCAUCCUGCUGAGCCACAUCGGACUUCUUAUAAAUCGCAUCUUCCGCCAUCAGCCCCCAAAUGAGCUGGAUCAAGAGGAAGGCGAUGUUGGACUAAAGCUCUACCUGAGUGAUGAGGAGUUAAAGAAACUUCAUGACUUUGAGCAGCAGUGUGUGGAAAAAUAUUUUCAUGAAAAGAACGAAAGCCGGAAUUCCAGUGACAGUGAAAGGAUCCAUCUGACCACAGAAAGAGUGGAGGAGAUGUUUCUACAGCUUAAAGAGGUGCAUAAGAAGGUAUUUUUUAUCAAGGAGUCUUUACUCUCCCUGGACAGCCAGCUAGGACACUUGCAAGACUUAUCUGCCUUGACAGUGGACAUCCUGAAAGUCCUUUCUGCUGUAGACACCUUGCAGGUGGAAGAAGCCUUGCUGGCUGACACAAAACAUCAAACGUGUAGGAAGCUGCCACAUAGCUGGAGCAAUGCACUCUGUUCUGAGACCUUGAGCAGCCUGAAGUGUUUGUACGACAAGAAAUACCACUACUACAGCAUGCCACCCUCCCUCUUACGGAGCGUGGUAAGGAGUCCGGGUCCAUCAGAGUGCAAAGACCAUGUACGGAGGUCUCAGAGUAACAAGGUAAUAGAAGACAGCUCUCGAAAAGUAGAGAUAGAAGGUGACACACCCACUUCAGGAAUAUCCUCUGAGACUAAGUCAACCCUUAGGUAUGGACAGUUUUUGCUGGUGCCCCCUGACCAUCAGGGAGGGUCUUUGUCUGAGGAUGUCACCUUAAAUUUCUCCUUUUUGAGCACUCCUGCCAAGUACAAGGAUGAAGUGGUCAGAGAUGACCUGCAAAGUAGCACUGCGAUGCAGCAAAAUUUGCCCAGUGUCAGCCUCAUUGGAAAAGAGACAGAAGAUUAUCAUUGGAGCCAGAAAGACUUUACUAUUCAUUUGCCAUCAGAAAAGACUAAUGCUGUAGAGUCUGAUCAUCCUCUGGGUCUCCAGCCACCGCUGGAUAUUGAAAAGAGUGCAGCAUCGCCCUGCGAUGAUGGGGAAGAAACUGAAGGUGGUUAUGUGAACUGGGGGUUCUCUGAAGGUGAUGAAAAAGGCGUUUUCAUCUCAGAUUCAAAGAAGAAAGCCAUGUACAUACAUUCCUCCUAUGACAGGGACAAUAAUUGCAAGAGUAGUCCUCUCAGGCAUGUCCAGUUAAUAGAAUCAAAGUCCUUCUCCUACAAUUCUGACUGGUCACAUCACAGCAGGAGCAGCAUCUCUCAGAACAUGCUGAAACAAAGCACCUCCUUCUGGAUCAGCCCACUCCAGAGGGACUGGAGUUUCUGCAGAAGCAAGAGCUUACAGUCCCCUAAGAAAGAGAGAUCAGGGAAAACCUGCAAGGCUAUAGGCGAGUCUUUACGAUCCAGUGAGCUACACCACAGUGAGGCAACAAAAGCAAAACAGCAAAACAGAGACAGAAAGCCUGGGAGAGGAAAGAGGAAUCAAAAACUCCUUCAGGUGCCGGUGAUUAGAGUGGAUGAUUGUCCCCAGAACACUCAAGUGAUCUCAGAGCCCGCAGAGAUCAAUGUCUGGGAUGAGCAAGAGAAACACAGCAAGAAUUGGCUCACCGUGUCUAAUUUCAGUCAGCUAAGUCUGGAACGUCUCAGUUUCACGCACCGGAAAAUGAAAAAUCAAGACAUCGGUAGGCAUACCAUACCAUUCUGUGAUUACCUGGGGCAUUCUCGAGAGGGUUUGAGUAAUAGAGUAUUUGGAAAUAUGAAGAAAAGUAAUCUGAACAGGAACUCCUCGUUGAGAGCUUCAGAGGAAACUGACAAUAUCUUUGCCUGCUUGAAAACAUCUCAAGAUUUGCAUCAUCACUACUCAGCUGUUGAAAGAAACAACUUAAUGAGACUUGCUCAGACUAUACCAUUUACACCAGUCCAGCUCUUUGCUGGAGAGGAAGUGACAGUCUAUCAGCUAGAAGAAAGUUCACCUAUGAACCUUGAUAAAAGCAUGUCUUCCUGGUCCCAGCGUGGUAUGGCUGCAAUGAUCCAAGUCUUGUCACGGGAGGAGAUGGAUGGGGGUCUGCGGAGGGCCAUGAAGGUCAUUUGUACUUGGUCUGAGAAUGAUGUAUUAAAGUUGGGACAAGUAUUUAUUGUGAAGUCUUUUCUGCCAGAGGUGGUUCAAACUUGGCAAAAGAUCUUUCAUGAUGGCACAGUGUUACAUCUCUGCCUGAGGGAGAUCCAACAGCAAAGGGCUGCCCAGAAGUUAAUCUAUACCUUCAACCAAGUGAAGCCUCAUAGUAUUCCCUAUACUCCAAGGUUCCUGGAAGUUUUCCUGAUCUACCGCCAUUCAGUGAACCAGUGGCUGACCAUCGAGAAGUACAUGACUGGUGAAUUUCGGAAAUACAACAACAACAAUGGAGAUGAGAUUACUCCCAGCAGCUUGCUGGAAGAGUUGAUGCUGGCCUUCUCUCACUGGACCUAUGUGUACACCUGUGGGGAGCUCCUUGUCCUGGAUUUGCAAGGUGUUGGGGAAAACCUUACAGAUCCGUCUGUGAUUAAACCCGAAGACAAAAAAUCUGGAAAAAUGGUAUUUGGACCAGCAAACCUAGGAGAAGGUGCAAUAAGAAACUUCAUUGCAAAGCAUCAUUGUAACUCUUGCUGCAGGAGGCUGAAACUUCCUGAUUUGAGAAGAAGUGCCUACAUGUUGGAAAUGGACGGUUCAUCCUUUGAAACAGAAAUGGAAACAAGCACCAGAGGAGCUGACAAUGCAGAUGAAACUUUGGAGUAUGACACGCGACUAUGAAGCAGUGGCUCUGAGGAGAGCCCAUGUGUUUGCAUGCUCGAAAACCUGCCCAUUAUCACUGCCAAGGGGCAGUCCAAAAGCACAAAAUGCAGAUGUCUGAGUGGAGCAUCUAUCUGCCCUUGCUGGACACUAUAGGCAAGGAAUAAAAAAAUUAACUUUAUUUACUCCCCUUACAUACUUUAUUGCUGGUCUUCCUCGUGCAGGUCAAUGAAUUGCAAGGAGCAGGUCACCCCCUAGGUAGAUGAACUGUCCCAUCAGUGCCUUUAGUUUUUAUAUGUGGAUUAUGGUUCUAAACUCUGCUUUCUUAGGAAAAUGACUUUGCCAAGUUUAUUUCCAAGGGGGAGUAAUUUGUUGUUACUCUUUCUACUCUUUAGUAAAUAAACGAAUGCAUACACAUGUGCAAAUAAUUUAAUUUUAGAGUCAGAGCCCACUCAGCCCUAUGCUCACUGUUCCUUGGGCAUAGAAGGAAAUUCCAGAAAUAUUCCUCUUAAUUGUUGAUUUUGAUGCAGACACAAACCAGGAAUAUAUGAGUAAAUGAAUUAGUUGUUUAAACAAUAGUCACUGAUAAAACAGGUAGACUGAAAAAAUUUAUAGAAACUUCACCUUGAAUUCUUUUCACAUACCAAAAAAAAUGAACAAUGAAGGGGCAGAUUACUGGACCCUCAAGCAUCGUUGACAUUUCUCAUUCUGAGCUGAUGAAGUAGAUAAAUCUAUGAUCUUUAUACAAACGUAAAGAAUAAUCUUGAAUGUGAUUUGACUUUUAGGACUUGCCUUUCUUUAUAUUAUUUUAGCUUCUGAAUGUUUUAAAGUUGCAAUUGGAACAAAGAUUUUAGAAGUCACAAAAAAUGGUAUGUUCCAUUUGGUAUUUAAUUUGUCAAUGUCAGGUUUUAUAUAGGACUGUUAUCUAACAGUGGUGCAGUUAUAUUUGGCAGCAUCUACAUCUGUUUCUAUUGAUGUCCUCUGAUUUUAAUUGAAGUUCAGAAAGUAGAAAAAUCAAUUAUGUGCAAUAUGUAGAAAAUUUGUAGAAAAAAGACUGAAAAGAAGUGCUCAGCAGAAAUUUUUCUAAUGCAACUGGGGUUUUAUUACAGAUCAUAUGUAUCAUUAAAGCAACUUUGUACUUUUUUAUUGAGUAGAAACACCUAAUGUUCAAAUGUCAGUCACUAGAAAACUUUAUGAUUGAAUAAGAAACAAAAUCAUAUUUCUACCACAGUUGACAGCAAAUUUUAAUAUCUAAGGGGGCUUUUUGUUAUGAUCUAUGAUUACUUUGAUGUAGUUAGUAAGUGUCUACAUAUACAUGGGAUUUGGAAAUUACAUAUUUCCAGUUUUUGUAUUGAUUAUGAUAUUAAUGAUGGCAUUGAACACUAUGUUUAGCUGAGAUGCCUGCACUUUCUGAAAAUGUUCAGAAGAGAUUCCUAUUGCUUUUUUUCUUCUUUGUGAAAAUAGCUUUUUAUAAGAUAAUUUUAGUGGAACCCUCCACAUUUUCCCCUAUUAGAUUAUACUUUUCAUAUUGCAAAAUAUAUAUUUUUCUUUAACCUUUUUUUGGAAGCAAGUCAACCUAUCAGAAGACUUAGCUUGUCUGUGAAAGAGAUAGUUUAAUUGCAUCUCUAUUAGACUUAUGGUGAAUUUUGGUCCCUUUGCUCAUAAGGUAGUAGCUCUGCUUCCCAUGGUUAUCACCUUAAAAUCUAACUUCAGGGAGAUAUGUUCUUACAUGCAUACAUAUAUACUUUAAAGACAGAACUUUCACUAAAGAGUCUCUAACUGUUAAUAUGCCUUUAAAUUCAGUUAAGUUAAAUGACACAUAAAUACGUCUUUAAAGUCAAGGAUGAUUUAACUCCUGCCCUGAUACUGUUACUUUCCUCAAACAUGACCUUAAAUUCUGAACACAUAUAUACUAGACACAAAAAAUAAACUCUCCACCAGACUGGGCAUGAGCACCUUUCUUUUCUUUUUAAGUUUUGAAGGUAUACACAAACCACACUUCAGAUGAUCUUUUCUUGGCAACUCUCCUGUUGCCUUUAACAAGUGAGUGGCUUCUGCAUUCAUAGCAAUAUUUGUGAGAAUUCUAUGACAUGUAGCUCAGUGUAGAUUACUUAUUCCUUCUUGUAAGAAUCUGUCAAGGUACAUAUUACCUUCCACUGAAAUAGGGGAUCCUUUCAAGGUAAUAAUCUGUGUUACAGUAUAGUUUAGGUAUACAGUAUUUAUACCUGUACAGUAUAGUACAGGUAUAAAUAUGAUUGCUUUAAUUUUGUUCAUUGUGAAGUAUUAAGGGGAUGAAACAAGAAAAGGAGGCAUUGCAAAGACUUCCACUGUGUAUUUGUAUCCUAGUUUUUCCAUGCAUGGAGACACUAAGUUGAAAAAGUCCAGUGAUUCUGCUAGUUAAUAAAUUACGCUUCAACCUUUCAUUUUGCAUUUUUUGGGAGGGCUGAUUCACAUUUCACUAAAGUGUAGAUUUGAGUAUUUGGUUAAAGACCACCCUCCCCUCCCAACUGAUAGUUCAGUAAUAAAUUAUAAUGAAAAUAAUUUGAAAAAAAUAUUUUUAUUUCUUUUGAGUCCUUGGUGUCUUUCUUUCUACAAAUCCUGUACAUUCAUUAAAUUGUUUUUUUGUGUCCAAAUAGUGAGCUUGGAUUGGAGCCCAUGCCCACUGAACACAUGAAAAACUCCCAACAGCCUUUAAUGGGAAAAGCAACAAGCCCCACCCACACUAAAACUGUGGUAUAUGUGGAAGGAAAGUUAUGGAGGUCAGGGGUUUUUUUGCAGCUGCUUGACAACCAGUGAGGAAGAGGAAAACUUGUGUGUCAAACCAUAGGAUUUUCUGAUUAUUAGUUUCAAUGUUUGUUGAUGCUGAAAAGCACAUACAGAAAUUUAUUUUAUGCUUCUGGUGGGUUCAGGAAAAAAAAAGACCCGUUUACUUAGUUCAGAUAAAUUAGGCAGUAAAGUUUUGAAAAAAAAACAAAACAAAAUAAGUCAAAACCACUGGAGUAUUUAUAUGCUCACAUUUUAAUAUAAGCUUAAAAGAGCUUGCUUGGGAAUUCACUUGGGAUUAUUCAAAGCAAAAUGUGUUUCUGGCAUCUGCUGCACUGGAGAUGUAGCUUAAACACAUGAAAAAUUUUCAGAAAUUGAGAACCUCAUACUCAGGAAGGCUUUUUUAAAAAUUGUGGUGUAUUUGAGGUUAUUCAUUUAUUGUUAGUGCAAUAAAGUCAAAAGGGAUAUUACAUCUGUAUUUUCUAGAAGUGGAUUUGUAUUUGUUGUGGUUUUGUCAAUCUAUUUCAUACUGUUUCAAAAGAAUAAAAGAACAUUUUCAAAA